UUGUGGCCUAAGAAUAAGAAGCUGGACUAAUUCCAAAUUUGCAAUAAUAGUGAAUCUUUUUAGGGUUUUUGGAAUAUUUGCAAUGCUCUAAAUUAUCCUCACUAGUAUUCUUCUAGCUAGCUGUUCUUGUAAUCACAAAACUUUAUGGAUUUCUUCUUAUCAUUUCGUUGACCUCUGCUGAAACUUCAUCAUCUCUCUCUUUGCACGCACAAAACUCUGAAUCUUUCCAACCUUGUGUAUUUUUUUUUUUUUUUGGUUCUCAAUAUUUUCCACAAGAUUUGAUAACCCUUUGAGGUGUGAAUCCCAUUUGGAGCUUGUGGAUAUAAUUUUUUUUUUUUGAAAAAGAUCGAAUCUUUUUGUGUUUCUCUAUUGUGGGUUCUCAUUGUCUGUUUCAAAGUCUUGCAUUUUUUCAGCUUCAGGGAUAUAUAUUAAUCUGUAGUUUUCUCCUUUAAAAGAGCACAAGAGAAGCAUUUCUGAGAAGCAUUGACAAUCUCUAACAUGGUGAGGGGAAAGAUUCAGAUGAAAAGAAUUGAGAAAGAAGGAAGCCGUCAAGUGACCUUUUCAAAGCGUAAAAAUGGGCUUCUAAAGAAAGCUCACGAGUUAUCUGUUCUUUGUGAAGCACAAGUUGCUGUAAUAAUCUUCUCUCAGAAAGGCAGACUCUAUGAAUUCUCAAGUUCAGACAUGAAAAAGAUUUUGGAACGAUACCGUGAAUAUGUCAAAGAUGUUCCCGCUAAUAAGUUCGAAGAGGACUUUAUCCAGAAACUCGUGUUUGAGUCAUCAAGCAUGGCAAAGGAGAUAGAGCUUCUUGAACAUUCUCAAAGGAUGCUACUGGGACAUGGCUUGAAUUCUUGUUCUCUUGAUGAACUCCAAGGAAUUGAGGACCAGCUGGAGAGAAGUUUGCAAAAGAUCAGGCAGAGAAAGGGUCAGCUUUUUAGGGAGCACAUUGAACAACUAAAAAACAAGGAGCGAGACAUACUCAGAGAGAAUGCUAAAUUAAGUGAAAUGUGUGGUGAAAAAUCAUGGCCGCAGCAAUGGGUUAAACCCACAGAAGCAGCACCCCACAGUCCAAGUAGCCACAGUUUACAUGUAGUGGAUACUGAAUUGUUUAUUGGCUUGCCAGAACAGCGAUGCUGAUAUAUAUAUAUAUAUAUAUAUAUAUAUAUAGAGCUCGUUGUUUAUUAUUAUUAUUAUUAUUUUGGAAGAAGAUCAGCCCCAAUGUUGUCUUAGAAAUAAUGUUUUGAUUUCAUUGUAUAAAAUCAGUCUAGUCUCCAUUCUUCUCAACCUCAAACCACUCUUCCUAUAAUUCUUCCAUGUAACUUAAGACUGAUUUUACUCCCAUUCUAAAUAAAAGGUUGUACGUAUAUA